UGCUUACCAUGCUGAAUCAAGAGGCAUCUCACUGACUCAACAAUAAAAUAUUCGUGGUUUUUGUGAAGUUCGUUUUAACACUUUUCGAAAAAGGGAGCAAGGUUAAAUCUGUUUACAUUUUUGAGCAAUCGGCCAGGGCCGUCUUUAAAGUGGUUUGGCUAGCAGUGUGUAACGCCAAGAAAACGUUAAUCUAACGAAAUACAAUAUUGCAGCUUGAUCAAGUUUCCGCAAUGUGCUAAGAAAUUGAGAAAGUGAACUUUGAUUUGUGAUCCUUGAAUUACUUGAAAAGUGCAUUUGCAAAAGCUGCAUCUGAGCCAUGUCUUGCCGCUCGGACAUCGAUCUGGCCACUCUACAUCAGCACCGCCUCGAAGAGCGCUGGAACUAUGGCUUAACCUGGUGCGGAGCCCAUGGAAGAAGUCAGGAGCUGCAACAGUUAACCCACUACAAUGAGCUCCUCGGCCUUCAGAGCGCCAGCCAGCGUCAGCAUCGCCAUCAGCACCCGCACCAACAGUUGACAAAAAGCAAUUUCAGCAGUUGUAGUAAAACUGUCAGCAGGCUAAAGGAUAACGUUGCCAAAGAUAAUCAAGAUAAGCCGCUUCAGGGACUGGAGUACUAUAGUAAUGACUACUUUACAGCUACGACGCGUCGCAGACGCUCCGGCACUUGGCCGCGCACACGUAGCCUAAACGCACCUUCGCCGUUCCAGCAGUUUGGACCAUGCGGGCGCAUCAUGAAGAACUCAGCAAUGGUAAUGCAAAUCCAAGAUCCCGCCAGCCAGCGUCUGACCUGGUAUAAGCCACCGUUGACGGUCCUCGUAAUUAAAAAGAAGGACUCCCAGGUGCUGCUGCCGUUUGUGCAGCUGGUUGAAUGGCUGGUCCAGGAGAAAAAUAUGGUCGUCUGGGUGGAGUCCGCAGUGCUGGAAGACAAGUUGCUGCGCGACGACGUCCGACUGGAGGAAGAAAGCGCGAAGUUCCGUCUGGUUCACGAGUAUUACACUGGAGUACGCUCUCGUUUCCUCGCACUGCGGGAGAAGCUAGUGACCUUUAAAGAUGGACGCGAUGAUCUCACCGAUCGCAUUGACUUUAUUGUCUGCCUGGGAGGCGAUGGAACGCUGCUGUAUGCCUCACAGUUAUUCCAGCAAUCGGUUCCUCCUGUUAUGGCCUUCUAUCUGGGUUCAUUGGGGUUCCUGACACCGUUCCAGUGUGACAACUUCCAAGAACAAGUGACCAAUGUGCUGGAGGGUCAUGCCGCACUCACGCUACGAAGUCGCUUGCGUUGUUCAAUCCACCGGAAAGGCGAGCGCCGGAGGGAGUCUCUGCAGCAAUCUAGUAAUCUCUUAAAGCCUUUCUCGCAACGACAAUCCCACUACGGCGAAUUGGGUAACCCCAAAGCCAGCAAUAACAACUGUAGUCCAUCCUCAGCACAGGCUGCUCCUGGCUACAGCAGUAUUCUGGUGUUAAACGAGGUGGUCAUCAAUCGGGGCCCAUCCCCCUACUUGAGCAACAUUGAUAUUUUCUUGGACGGCAAGUACAUCACAUCUGUGCAAGGAGAUGGGUUGAUUGUGUCGACGCCCACGGGCAGCACAGCCUACGCGGCAGCCGCUGGUGCGUCCAUGAUCCAUCCAUCUGUGCCAGCUAUUCUGGUAACUCCCAUCUGUCCACAUUCACUAAGUUUUAGACCAAUUGUAGUACCAGCCGGAGUGGAGCUGAAGAUAUCGAUAUCUCCGGAUAGUAGGAAUACGUCGCGCGUAUCCUUCGACGGCCGAAAUGAUCAGGAGCUAAAUCAUGGUGACUUCUUGCGAGUAACAACCUCUAUUUAUCCUGUACCGAGCAUUUGCGCACAGGAUCAGAUAUCCGACUGGUUCGAUUCACUGGCUGAGGGUCUGCAUUGGAAUGUGCGCAAACGCCAAAAGUGUCUUGACGAGCUGUCGGAUUUGACGGCAUCCGGCUCGGAGGACACGCUCGACGAAUUUGAGAACCUAAAGAUCCACGACGCGUAGUAUAAUCAGAUAUAAAUCUAACUAACUAAAUAAAUGCUCCGGUCUAUUGUAGAU